AUGUGCAAGGUGCUGCCGCCCCGCGUGGUCAUGGCCUUCCUGAACACCCUCUUCACGCGCUUCGAUGCCAUGCUGGACUUCUAUCGUGUGUAUAAGGUUGAGACCAUCGGCGACUGCUACAUGGUCGCCGGGGGCCUUAUUCGCGAGGACGAGGACGGCAUGGCGGCAGUCCAGGGAGGGGGGACUGCAAUGCUCCGUGCUGCAGCGUGUGUCCGCCUCCCCACCACGGGCGCUCCCGUGAAGAUCCGCGUGGGCAUACACAGCGGGCCCGUGGUCAGCGGAGUGGUGGGAACACGCAUGCCGAGGUUCUGUCUGUUUGGAGACACAGUAAACACGGCGAGCCGCAUGGAGAGUACGGGCGUCCCUGGCAGCAUCCACGUCAGCGAGGACACUUACGGCAUGCUACAGCAAGAGCCGGGCUGGCAGUCCACAGGCGGCAUUGAGGUGAGUCCUUAG